GCUCAAAAUGAUGAUGAGGAAUAAAAGGCGGGCAGCGAAGGAGAAGAAGUUCUGCUUUGCUGCUUCUAUUGAGUGAAUGACGAGGAAGAUUCUGAUUUUCGUUGCUACUUCUGUUCGGUGGAGCAGAGAGAAGAAAGGCAUCGACAGAGGAGAUGAGGAAGAGAAGGAGGGCAACGAUGGAGGAGAUGGAGGAGGUGCUCAGCAGAGGAGAGAAACCACUUUCCCGAAGACGAUCUGUUCUGUUUUGAGCCAAUCAGAUGAGGUAGAUGGUGAAGAUUGGCGGAAGAGAAGAAGUGCAGUGACACAGGAGAAGAUCGACGGACGAUCGGUGGAAGAGAAAUCGACGGACGAUCGGCAAAGAGAAGAUCGGCGGAGUGGCGGACGAUCGGCGGAAGACCCUUCUGCAGUUCUGUUGGUACUUGGUUCCUCCUGAAUCUGGGUUUUGCAAUUUGUUUCCAGUUUCCACUGUCUCGGCUGCUGAUGAUUUUAGAUUCUUGGGUUUUUAGUUUUUAGUUUUUAGUUUUUACUUAGUUAAUUAGUUUAAUUGAUUUUUAAUUUAGGUUUUAAACUUUAAUUUAAGUCAAAAGACAAAAACUUACAAUUAAAAAGAUGGUGAAAAA